AUGGAUAACCCACCUUCUGCAUUGCCGCCCGAUUCCGCAGAGGCGGCCAAAAACGCGAUCCAUGGGGUCGGAAUGGCGGGCCAGCAAGUACCUGCUGGUGGUGGCCAUGGUCAAGCAUCCAGCGCAGCUCUUCAAGCACGCGGAGACGCAGGCCGAGGAGCAGUGCUGAGGGGUGGAGGUCCUCAAGGGAAUGUGGUAGGAGUCAUGCGAGGGCAAGGGCGGGGUGGAGGACGAGGGAGGGGAGUUGGACAACCACAGAGAGGGCAAGGAGGUAUGCAUAUACCCAUAGUCCCAACCUCGGUGACUGGCCACAAGCGGGCGAGCCCCAACGAGGAAGUAGAAGGGGGAAUGCGCAAGCGUAUGAAAGAAGGAGAGGGUGUGCAGGACAGCAUGUUUAACGAUCCAUUUGCCCCGGCAUCAGCAAGCACCAACACUGGGGUCAUGAGAGCCGGCUUACCACCUUGCCCAGCACAGUCCAUAGCGAGCCCUUCUCCCCUGCAUGGCCAGAGCAUGAUGACCCGUACAGCUGCGUUAUCGGAAGGAGGUGGUGUGGGGCAGGUCUCGCCCUCGCCACUACGCCUGCCGCUCCCAGCCACGCAUGCUCCAUCGACGGCUCCUCCAACUGUGCCCUAUCGUACUCCUUCGGCGGCUCCUCCAGGCGGGACAUCCUAUUGUACUCCGUUGGCUCCUCCUAUGGUUCCCUAUCGUGCUCCUUUGGCAGCUCCUCCGGGCGUGACAUCCUAUCGCAUCCCCUCGGUAGCUCCUCAUGGCAUUCCACCCCGUGCACCCUCCGCUGCUUUGGGGUAUGCAGCUCCCGUGCGUGCACCAUCUGUUGCACCUUCCGGCCGUCCACCGACAGCUGCACCCACACGGGUGCUUGCCCAGCCCGGAAAUGCAGCCCUGAGGCCCCUUGCACAGAUACCGCGUCAGGUCAACGACAAGCUGCAGAGCCACGAGGGCAUCAUCAAGGCGCUCACCUUGCGGAUCGACGAGCUAGAAAACGAGCAGAGGGCGAUGAAAAGCGCAAUGGGCGGGUGGUUAGAAGCCAUCAACGAACGCAAGGCAUAUGAACAGCGCACCGAGAACACCCACCAAGACUUCCAGACCCAAAUUAACGCGAACACGAAUGGAAUUGCGGAGAUGAAGCAGCAGUUGGAUACGGCAGUGGCGACGGGAGUAAUGACGGGGACUACGGUAGAUGAUGCCAACAAAAACCCUUUAGUUGUGAGUCGUAUCCAUGGCAAAAGAUUGUGCGAGUCACUCACCGAUUCAAAGUUGGCGAUCCGCAAAACGUUUCUUGCUAUGAUUGGUAUGAGUGACCCCUCCGAGAUUCGCAAACACAAACCUUUGGUAGACGGAUCCUUCAAGGACGGCGACAAGAUUGUCCCGAACUUUGAUGCAUCAUGGGGCGACAACUCAGCUUGGCACGACGAGAUGGUCCAAAAAAUCAGAAACAACUUACAUAAUAAUACGACCUCGAACGCGACUGUACUUCUUGAAGGCAAGACCGAUGCGGAUAUCAGGCACCACCUUUCAAUUGCGUGGAAGAACUGGAAAGGGUCACACAAGGCUGAUGUUAAGGAGGCGAAGGUUGCUAAGGCGCCAAAGACAGAGGCAGAGCAGUCGUCAAAUCGUCAGAAAACACGGAAGAAUGCGAAUCAGAAACUCAAGAACCGGAGGGCGGCACGUACUCAUGAUGAUGCGUUGAUGAGCACCGAGUUUGAUUUCGCUUACACCAUCACCUACAUGAGCUCGGAUGAGAGCGAUGCUGGGAUAAAUGGGGAGAAGAAGCCGCAGAAGAUGAAGAAGGAGGAUGUGAUUGACAGCGGUGGAGAGGAGGUUACAGGCCCGGAGCAGGGAAACAAAAAAGGCCGGAAGGAGCGCCGUCAACCCAGUGGUCCCUACGUGAUACGGCCACAUGAAUUUCGGUCAAGGGCAUUGGAUGAGGUGUUUCGGAGGACGGAUGACGUUUACCAGUCUACAAAGCAACGUCAGGGUCCGGCUCGGCAGGAGAGACUGAUAGGAGACGUGCGCAUAUGCGAUCUCCGGCCAGACAAGGUUCCGCGGACCAGGGAGUACAUCAAGGUGCCCCUGUGGGCUCUUCGCAGGACAUAUGUGUCAGCACACAUCAAGGCGGGUGAUGGAAGGGUGGACUGGACAAAGAUGAGACGCCCACCUAUCUGUGCGGAUGAUGAAAAGGGUGUUGAAGGAGGUGAUGAGGGAGAUGGGGGUUGGAUCGGGGCCGAUCCGGACUACAUCUGCAAGGGGGAACCGACAUCAACACUGCUGGAUUUCGAGGGGCACGAGCAUGAGUGGCAGAGAGCGAUCCAAACCUUGCAGUUCACCGAAGCUUCGGACUUUGGUGGGCCUAGCCAGAUUCAGUAUGAUCAGGGUGAGUUUGGGCAGGUCGGAUACCAGAACGGCGAGCACGAGUUUAGUGGACACAAGGAUGAUGGGUACCAAAACAACGGACACGAGCUUGGCGGAGACGAGAACAAUGGAUAUGGCAAUGGUGGGUAUAGUGGUGGCUACAACAGCAGCACAUACGACAACACGAGUAUGGGUAUGGCGAUGGUGAAAGUGAUGUCGUAUGCGCAAGUAGCGACUACACGGGCAGCAGUGGUGAUGGUGGUCGAGUUGGAGGGGUUAACGAGGCUGGGGAUGACGACGAAAUUGAGCCAGUGA